AUUAGUGAGAUUCGUUAGCUCACCUGUGUAGCAUCGGGCUGCUCAAAACAGAGCCAGUAGUACACUUUGAGUACUUUUUGGAGCAAUCGCCCUCAUAUCGGGAUAUCAUCGUCUCAAUGAGUUCAUCCGAAAGAGAAAACAUAGUGCUGGAAUCUGCUUCCAACCGGAAGGAUGCAGAGAAUUUGCAUUACAUCGAGACCCUAAUCAACGAUGGUGCUAUUACGCCAAUUGAUGCGGACAUUUACACAUACGAGAUCCAUUUGCCGCCCUGGUUCGAUGAGGAAAAAUUCAAACGAGGUCAGCGGUACUUCCGAGAUAAUCUGACGGCAAUCGUUACGGCCGGAUUUUGCGGCCUUAUAUCGGUGCUUGCCGUGCCCUCGAUACUGGAUGUGAUUAUCUUCACCGAGCGAUCGGCAACCCUAACGAAGGCUUACAAGCGCUACGUAUUGACUGUGCUCCACACGCUGAAUUGGUACCAGGAGGAACUGCGACAGGGAUCCAACUCAUGGAAGUCACUGGAAUACGUUCGUCGGAUACAUGCUGUCAGUGGAAAGAAAGCCAACACUGCAAACUCAAGGAUGCUCGUUUCGCAGAAGGACGUUGCCAUCACACAGUUUGGAUUCGUUGGGUACGUGGUACUCAAUCAUCAGAAACUUGGCGUCCAACAUAGCCAGGAAGGCGUGGAAGGCUUUGUACAUCUGUGGCGUACUAUCGGCUAUAUGCUUGGAUUAGAAGACAGAUUCAACCUCUGCACGGACGACUUCGAGACAUCUGCCCAACGAAUGGCCCUCGUAAACGCGCACUUUUUGCGCCCCAGCUUGCAGAAUCCCAGUGCGGAGUUCGUUCACAUGACCAAGAUCAUGAUUGAAGGGAUGUGGUGUUACAGCAUACUGCUAAACUACGAAGCGUUCAUGUUUAUGACCAAGCGACUUUCAAAUGUUCCAGGACAUCAUUAUUGGGAUGACGAACCGCGAGAUGGUGCAAAAACCGUUUAUAAGGAAAUGGGUUGGUUGGACAGGGUGAUGUUGAACAUUCUGAUGGUUAUUCACGAGGUGUUGCUGAAUUUUACACUGGCGCGGUGGCUCUUGAAUUGGGUGUUCCUUUUCAACACCAAUGUUAUGAACAAGUACUUGCCGUUGCUGGCGAUGAUGAAGCACGGCGUCAGGAAAGCCUAUGUAAAAAUUGUUUAUUGACAGGGUUUUUUUUUUUUAAAUUGAUGAAUGAACUACAGUUAACUCUCCCUUACUCGAUAUUCCGUAUCUCGAUAUCGAGUUAGAGAACCAUAGUAAAAGUUGCUUUUCAUGGCUAACUCGAUGGUCCCUUCUAACGCAGUUGCACUGCUUUUGUGUUCUGUAACUCGAUACCUCCCUAACUCGAUGGUCCCUUCAAUAUCGAGUAAGGGAGAGAUGACUGUAGAAGUCUUUAUGAAUUUAACUCGUCAACUAAAACCUGCGCUCAGAAAAUACGUAGAAAAAAAUGAUUGUAAAGAU